GUGAUUGUAAAUAAUCAUACAUUCUAUAUAUAACAUAAUUAGUUUUUAAUUGGUUUUUCAUUUUGUGAGACAUUACAAAUCAAGACCACGUUUACUGUGAAGUCGGACACAAAAAUCAUUAGUAAUUAGGGUUUAAAUCAAUAUAAAUAUAUAUUUUUUGUAGUAAAUGUUUAGCCAUUGAUGACAUUUUGCGGACAAUUACCCGUUUAUUAUUGUUAACUGAGUUUCCCGUCAAUUAUACGCCAAACCAAUAGUCUUGUGAUAGCCGGUGGUGACCAUCGGACACAGCGAUCGCCGAGUGAUUGCAUCAGAUGUGGAGAUAAUGGACACGAAUGGCAUCGAAUUGAGUGAUAAUGAGAGGCAACUGUUUGGCCAUUUGUUCACGUGUUACGACCACAGCAACAGCGGAUCCGUUGCCAAACCCGUGGCCAUACAGCUGCUGCACUCGUCUCAACUGGACGCCCAAGUGCUGGAUCAGAUCUUGGAGUUAUGUGUCGGCGGUUCACCAUCGACUGUGUCCUCCCUUUCCAGACAUCAGUUCUACUCAAUGCUCAAACUGGUCGGAGCCGCACAAUCAGGGCUUCCCCUCAAUCAGGACACCAUCGCAGCCAACCCCAUGACUAUACCAUUGCCGCAGUUGUCGCCCAUUAGCUGGGAUCUCACCAAACAUAAGAUAACUGUUAAUAAUAGGUAUGAACUACUCGUG